CUCUUUUAUUUUUAUGUCACCUACUACUACUAAAGAAAACAUUUUCUAAUAAAUAUUAUAAAACAAAAAAUACUCGCAUGAAAGUUGAAGGUGAUUGGUUGAUGAAGCUAUUGUUGUUUCCAUUACACUUGUUCACUCAUCUCUUUCUCUCUCCUUCUCUCUGCGGAUCUUUGUUUCUAAUUUGGAACCGACAUAGCUCCCAACUAAUAGGAAUCUCAAGCUUCUCACUCUCUCUUGUUUUUCCAUUGGACUUUUGGAACAUAAGCUAUGCAAACUGAGGAGCUUUUGUCGCCACCACAGACUCCUUGGUGGAAUGCUUUUGGAUCUCAGCCGUUGACUACAGAGAGCCUUUCCGGCGAAGCUUCUGAUUCAUUCACCGGAGUUAAGGCAGUUACUACGGAGGCAGAACAAGGUGUGGUGGAUAAACAAACUUCUACAACUCUCUUCACUUUCUCACCUGGUAAACUCUCUCAACUUUCAUAUGUAAUGGGAGCUUUCGGAUUGUUCUUACUGAAUUCUCUAAGUGGGUAUCAAUUAGCCUUGAAAGAAGACAUUACCUCUCUGUUUCUUGCACAUUACAGAGUGAAUGCAAAUGUUUGAAGGUGAUUUUAUUUAUGCUGUCAUUGAUUUAGGUGGUGAAAAGAGUUCAAGAGAUGUGCCAAAGCCUCAUGUUGCUUUCGCGAUGCAAUCAGCUUGCUUCGAGUUUGGAUUUGCUCAGCCAAUGGUAGAGUUCUCUUGCAGUGGAACAUCACAAAGAAAAACUUUCAUUUCCCUUUAAUUGUUUUCUUGAGUAUUUGCUGUGUUUUGUUUUCAUUGUAGAUGUACACAAAGCAUCCUCAUGUUGAACAAUACUAUGGAGUUGUUUCAGCAUACGGAUCUCAGAGGUCUUCGGGCCGAGUAAUGAUUCCACUGAAGAUGGAGACAGAAGAAGAUGGUACCAUCUAUGUGAACUCAAAGCAGUACCAUGGAAUUAUCAGGCGACGCCAGUCCCGAGCAAAGGCUGAAAAACUGAGUAGAUGCCGUAAGCCAUAUAUGCAUCACUCACGCCAUCUCCAUGCUAUGCGCCGUCCUAGAGGAUCUGGCGGGCGUUUCUUGAACACCAAGACAGCUGAUGCGGCUAAGCAGUCUAAGCCGAGUAAUUCUCAGAGUUCUGAAGUCUUUCAUCCGGAAAAUGAGACCAUAAACUCAUCGAGGGAAGCAAAUGAGUCAAAUCUCUCGGAUUCUGCAGUUACAAGUAUGGAUUACUUUCUAAGUUCGUCGGCUUAUUCUCCUGGUGGCAUGGUCAUGCCUAUCAAGUGGAAUGCAGCAGCAAUGGAUAUUGGCUGCUGCAAACUUAAUAUAUGAUCAGCAGAUAGGGGACAAGACAUGAUUUGGUUCACCAGUCUUUUGUCUUGUCCCUUAUCUUUCAGCCAAACGGAAAGAGAACUUGUGUCUUGGAAAAAAGACAUUGAGUUUCCUUGGUUUAUAAGAUUGGUCCUUUUACCAUCCGUUUGGCUGUAAACAGGCAAAUCAUCUUUGGCUCAUGCUUCAUCAAGUUCUUAUCUUCGUCUGUUUUCUUCUACGCAUCUUCAUAAGAUCUCUGAACUAGUGAAUAACAUUUCCUAGCAUCAUGUUUCAACUAGUGUGUGUUGUAAGAAACUCUGCCUUAUUUCCAGAUGAUGUAUUGUGUGUAACGUGUUUAUGAAACAAACGUAAGACUUUCAAGUUAAUGUGGUUUUUAUGUAACAAAGUUAAAAGACUUUAUUUCCAUUGUCUAUUCUCAUCCUGAUACUGUGUAAGAAGAAGCUUGUGGUUUAUGUAACAAAGUAAAAGCCAAA